CCAUCUAACGCCUUCUUCUUCUUCUUCUUCUUUGAUUUUGAAAGUAGGAGGAGUUUGGUAGCGGCAACGAAGAAUGAUAGAGAGAGGAAUCCAAAAUAGGAGUCGCUGCAGAGUGUCUUAAUUAAAUUCGGAAAAUAAGUUGACAUAUCAAAUGGUUAAGAAUAAAAAAUAGGAAACAAAUCCACAUUGACAUUAGUAAAAAGUUUAGGAAUGUAUUGGCCAUUUACCCAAGACAAAUAGGACGGAUCUUAACUCUUAGAGCCAACGGCCGAGUCCCUGAAGAGUGCUGACACUAACCGGGUAACCUACCAAAAAUUGAGGAGAAUUGGUAAUAGACGUUAGUUCCCGUUUACCUGAUAAGUGGUAAAUGGCAAUAAAUGCUAUCGAAGAUGAUAGUAGUAUUACGUUAUGGGGUUGACAGCUUUGACAAUGAGUAGAAUGGCGAAGGAAAAUUGAAGGGGGCAAAGCAGAAUUGCAGAGUAGCAGUACUUGCGAAACGAAAGAGAACCACCAUUGUCGUUUGCCUCCAUCGAGUACAACUGAGUACUGACAAAACCCCCGCAAGCGCCCACACGGCAACGUCAGAUUGGUGCAGAAAAUCGGAUCUUCCCAUAGCCGCUCCCAGUUUGUUGUUGGUAAUUCAACCUGCUCUGGUUUUCUUGAUAACUCGUAUACCCGUUUGUUCUUGUAUCAACUUAUCGAAUUGACUAGCUUCUGAAACAAAUCGCGUUGACCAUCUCUCAUUUCAUCUUCUUUUUCCCAUUGUUUUCGAGGCUGGCAAUGAUCUCUAUAGGUCAAAAUAAAUCAUGCCCGUGAUCCUGAUUGACGUGUAAAGUUUGUCUCUUUUAUGGGUUUUACAGAAGCUUAUGAUUGCUAUGUUGCAUUGAUUUCGCCCCUGAUUUGUUCGUUUGGGUUCAGCAAGUUCUUUCUCAUGGUUCACUGCAGUAACUUUCCUUGAUUGGAGACGGUACAAAGUUAACUAUGGCAGCCUCUGAUGAAACUGGUGCACUGUUUCCGAUUUUCAUAUUGGCCACGAUUGCCCUGCCUUUGGUACCUUAUACAAUACUGAAGUUAUUCCGUCCUGCCUCAAAGAAAACAAGGAGCAUCCAUUGUGACUGUUCAGACUGCUUCCGGUCAGGAAAGUACCGCAAAUCAAUUUCUAGUCAGACAUCAAACUUCUUGACAUGCCAUAACUUGAUGAUAAUUAUGCUCUGGUUCUUCAUGGGAAUCCUUGUUUUCUACAUCAAGAACAUGAGCCGCGAGAUUCAAGUUUUUGAGCCAUUUGGAAUUCUUGGACUAGAGCCCGGAGCUUCUGACUCACAGAUUAAGAAGGCUUAUCGUAGGCUUUCAAUUCAAUAUCAUCCGGAUAAAAACCCCGAUCCAGAUGCUCAUAAGUAUUUUGUUGAGUACAUAUCCAAGGCUUAUCAGGCUCUGACAGAUCCUAUUUCCCGUGAAAAUUUUGAGAAAUAUGGACAUCCAGAUGGAAGACAGGGAUUCCAAAUUGGGAUAGCUCUUCCUCAGUUUCUGCUAAAUAACAAUGGCGAAUCUGGUGGGAUUCUGUUGCUUUCAAUUGUUGGGGUUGUAAUACUAUUGCCAUUGGUGAUGGCUGUUGUAUAUCUAGCAAGAUCAUCAAAAUAUACUGGAAAUUAUGUCAAACGUGAAACACUAGUCACCUAUUUUGAGUCGAUGAAACCAUCUUUGUCUUUGAGGAAAGUUGUGGACAUCUUCAUUGAGGCUGAGGAGUACAAGAGUCUUCCAGUCCGAAGGACUGACAAAGAUCCAAUUCAGAAACUCUUUACAAUAGUAAGAAAUGAAUUGAGCCUGGAUCAAAAGAAUGGGAAACAGGAGGAGGCAAAAUUUUGGAAGCAGCACCCAGCAGUAAUUAAGACAGCACUGUUGUUGCAAGCCCAUUUAACUCGGGAAAAAACAGUAUUGACCCCAGAUUUGCAGCGUGACCUCAACUUUGUGCUGCAAUUGGCACCUCGCCUUCUUGAAGAGCUGAUGAAGAUGGCUGUUAUACCUCGAAAUGCCAAGGGGCAUGGGUGGCUAAGACCUGCCACUGGAGUUAUGGAGCUUUCACAGUGCAUUAUUCAGGCUGUUCGUCUUAGUGCAAGGAAGGUCUCAUCCACCGAUGGUAUUGCUUCUUUUCUACAACUUCCACACUUCAGUGAAGCAGUUGCAGAAAAAUUAGCUCGCAAGAAGGUAAGAUUUCAGGAGCUUCAGGGAAUGAGUCUUCAAGAACGUCUUGAGUUGCUUUCUGAGGUAGCUGGCUUCUCUGCUGCUGAAAUCCAAGAUGUGGAGAAGGUGCUGGGGUUGAUGCCUUGUCCAACAGUUGAAGUUACUUGUGAGACCGAGGGUGAGGAGGGUAUACAAGAAGGUGACAUUGUGACGGUACAGGCUUGGGUGACUUUAAAACGUGCUAAUGGUUUGAUCAAGGCCGUCCCACAUGCCCCAUCCUAUCCAUUCCACAAGGAAGAAAAUUUCUGGCUUUUGCUUGCAGAUGCCAAUGCCAAUAGUGUGUGGUUUUCACAGAAGGUCAAUUUUAUGGAUGAAGCUGCAGCAGUAAUUGCUGCUUCAGAAGCAGUUCGGGAGAAAAUGGAAGUCCUGGGGGCAGCUGGCGAUGAGACUGGUGCUGCAGUGAUAGAAGCUGUUGAUAGAGUUAGGAGUGGUUCCCGACUCAUCAUGGGCAAGUUUCUAGCUCCAGCUGAAGGAAAUUACAACUUGACUUGUUAUUUGCUUUGUGAUUCCUGGAUAGGUUGUGAUAAGACAACGAGCUUGAAGGUGAAAGUCUCAAAACGGAGCAGAACUAUGACUCGAAGGGGUCAAGUGAUGGAGGAAGAACCCAUUCCGGAGGAUCUCAGUGAAGACGGAGAGGAGAUUGAAGAAGAGAAAGAUGACGAUUAUGAGAGCGAGUACAGUGAAGAUGAAGAUGAAAAACCCAACACAAGUAAAAAAAACUUUGUGAAAGGCCCUGCAGUAGGAAAGGGCAAGGAGGAUAAAAAGAAGGGGUCCAACAAAGGCCCUGCUCGUAAGAAGGGCAGGUAAUACAGAUGAGAAAGUGCAAAGUUGGAAGUUCCAAUCUCUUAGGUGAUACAAUGGCAUGUGGUCAAAGGGGAGCACCUCCCUAAUUACAGUAUGAUGCUAGAACGACGAAUUAUGUUGGUUGUCAACCUCACAGAAGAUAUUGAACUGAAAAUUUUUGCUGGAUAGAUUUAGUUGCAUGUGGGAUUUUGCUUUCUCUCCUUUGUCUGCUGCUUUUAGUAGUGUAAUUUACCAAAUCAUCCAUGUUGUCUGUUGUCUGUUGAUGAGAGCUUCGGUGUAGUUGAGUUUAGCUGAGAGAUGGAGAACAACAACAUUUGAUGAAUUCUUUAGGACUCGUGUUCGUGCUUGUUGCUCUGAGAAGAGUUUGUCUGCUCU